GGCCGGGGCCUGACUAAACCUGAAGACUCGGGUCGCCUGGGGGCUUCAUCCCAGCUGGAAAAAGUAGAACCGGAGGGAGUCGAGAAUCUCACAGCUGCUCAGGGUUUUUAGAACUUCAACUCGAAAAAUGGGCAGAAUUUUCCUUGACCAUAUUGGUGGUACUCGUCUGUUUUCUUGUGCAAACUGUGAUACAAUCUUGACCAACCGCUCAGAACUCAUCUCCACUCGCUUCACAGGCGCCACUGGCCGAGCAUUUCUUUUUAACAAGGUAGUUAACCUGCAGUACAGUGAAGUUCAAGACCGGGUGAUGCUCACUGGCCGUCACAUGGUUCGAGACGUGAGCUGCAAAAACUGCAAUAGCAAACUGGGAUGGAUCUAUGAGUUUGCCACUGAAGACAGCCAGCGUUAUAAGGAAGGCCGUGUGAUCCUGGAACGUGCUCUAGUUCGAGAGAGUGAGGGCUUUGAGGAGCAUGUACCAUCUGAUAACUCUUGAAGAAAAAGAGAUAAAUGCCAUCUUUUCCCAGGUCUCCUUCACUGAAAACAAAAAUCUACUUACAUACACUGUCACCUUAGCAUCCGAGUCGGAUUCAUGAACUGCGGAACCAGAGGUUGUGAGAAUCUAAGAUGGAAUCCUUUUCUUUCUUUCUUUCUUUUUUUUUUUUUUUUUUUAAUUUUCGAUCCAGCAGCAGUGUGUAGAGAGAAUAUUAUGCAGAUGCCGUUAAUUUUUUUUUUUUUCCUUGUGUUUACAUCUGAGGCAGAAAUAGUCUAUCUGCAGUUACAUAGUGGACUAAGUGAGGAAAAAAUCUGGGCUAUUAGAGUGAAAAACAGUGUUUUAUGUAAAUUUUGAAAGGAAAAUAUGUCAAGAGCAUGGUUUUUAAAACUUAUUUGGGCUUCAUUUUAAAACUUUCAAAAAACCCAGUUAUUUUACCUGAUUUGCUAGCUUCAGAGAAGAGAUCCGAAUUUGUGACCAGAGCUAAAGGUCCAGUGUUAGUAUGGCUUGUGCUGGCCAUUGUGCCAUAUUCUUGUUGGAGAUGAACCGUAGCACCAGAGCCCAUUCUUCCUUGUCGGUCUUGACCCAAAGAUGUCACCAUUCCUAGUUAUUUGUCACCACAUAAUUGGUGUUGAUUGGAAAGUUUUCCUGAAAUGGAUGGGGCAGAACUGCUUGGUUGUCUUUUUCCGUGUAACUUAAGCAUAGUAAUAUAAAUAAAGUGAUAGUUGGA